AUGGAAUGGCCCUGCCCGGCAGGGGUCCCAGAGCUGCCAGCCGGGAAGACCACGCCCCACUGUCCAGAUCCUCGGCAGCAGCAGAAACUAGCUCCGGCCCCCGGAAGUGACCACAGAGGGCCCAACGGGUACACGGCAGAGAUGGGCUUCAGGGCACGGGUGUGGCAUGUGGACCUGCGGGACGUGGAGCCACGGCAGGGCCGGCGGCCACAGUCAGGGCCCCUGCUCCAGUCCUGA